CCCAACACGAAUACACAAGGGACGUAAAGCAAAUCACAGCGUUCGCCGGCGGACCACGACGGCAGCGAAGUCAGUUGAGCAGCUUGCCAUGGCAGCAGCGUCGUCCACCGCGCCGCUCCCGCUCGACGGCCGCGUCGCGCUCGUCACGGGCGGCUCCCGGGGCAUCGGCCGCGAGGUGUCGUCCCACCUCGCCGCGCUCGGCGCGCGCGUCGUGGUCAACUACGCCUCCAACCCGGCCAAGGCCGACGAGCUCGUGGCGGAGCUCGCCUCGCGGGGCCUCCGCGCCGUGGCCGUCCGCGCGGACGUCUCCGACCCGGACGCCGUGCGCGCGCUCUUCGACCACGCCGAGGAGGCGUUCGGGUCCCCGCCGCACAUCGUGGUGGCCUGCGCGGGCAUCCUGGACCCCAAGUACCCGGCGCUGGCCGACACCGCCGUCGAGGACUUCGACGCCACGUUCGCGGUGAACGUGCGCGGGACGUUUCUGGUGUGCCGGGAGGCCGCCCGGCGCAUCCCGCCCCACAGCGGCGGCCGCAUCGUGACGUUCUCGUCGUCAAUCGUGGGCACGCUCCUGCCCGGGUACGCGGCGUACACGGCGACCAACGCCGCCGUGGAGGCGAUGACGAGGAUCCUGGCCAAGGAGGUGGCGGCGAAGGGGGUCACCGCGAAUGUGGUCGCGCCGGGACCCGUGCGCACCGAGCUAUUCCUGGCAGGGAAGGACGAGGCGUUCCUGCGGAGGGUGGAGCAGCAGUCCAUGGGGCGCAUCGCCGAGACCACGGACGUGGCGCCGGUGGUGGCGUUCCUGGCGAGCGACGCCGCGGCGUGGGUGAAUGGUCAGGUCAUCAGGGUUAAUGGCGGCUUCGUCUAAGCGAGGGAGGUGUUCAAAUUCGAUUAAAGGUUCCAUCCGCCGUGUGUGAAAAGUUUAAAUUUGACCAGUAUAUGAGUGUAAUAAGUUAGUUUUGUCAAAAAAAUAUUAUACUAUGUAACUCUA